AUGUUUGGUCCUACUGAUCGUUUUUUCGUUGACAUUAAUUUGUAUUUAGGUGGUGUACGUAUUGAUUUUGUAGAUCAACUUAAAUGCUUACGUGUCAUUUUGGAUUCAAAACUUUCCUUUUCUAAUCAUAUUGAUAUGUUAAAUGGCAACAACAGUCAAAAUAUAGAUGAUUCAAAUUGUAAUAACAAAAAUAAAGCCAAAAACAGCAAUGGUGUAAAUUUAGCUGCUAUGGAUUCAACGAGUCGUGGUGACCGGGAUAAUCUGUCUAAUAUUUCAUCCAACACUCUUAUUAGACAGAGUUCUGCCAGUACAAACAGUUGUUCUGUACAAUUCAAUGAAUCAUCACCAAAUAAUGGCGAUUCUUCAAGCAGCAGUAGUAACGCUUCACACAUAAACAACGAUAACAAUAAAUCAAAUGAUGAAGAUAAAUUAAACAACCAGACGAUGAAAAAUAAUACCAUAAUUAAAGAGGAAGAAAGAGAUAAAUCAAAUAGUUCAUCAUCCAACACAAGUUCAUCAUCAGUAAAUGCUUCUGCAAAUACAUCAUUAUCAAAUCAGAAUUCUAUUAAUAACAUAAAAGCUGGUUUACCUGCUACAGCUAUUGUGAAGGAUGAAAAGGAUUUAGUAAAAAAAGAAGAAACUUCAUUAUCACCACCCAAUAUGUCUCCAGUAGGCUUUGGUUCAAUGGUUGGAAAUCAGAUUAAUGAAUGCGGUGACAAUCCGGGCUCCACUACCAACAAAUCAAAUGAUUCGUCAUCAUGUGAUAAAAGAAUGAGUUUACAGGGAAAUGUUUGCAGUGAGAAUGACGAAAGUUCCGUGACUCAAUCAUCAAGUGGUUUAAUAGUUACAGGUUCUGGUGCUAAUUUAAACCUUAUAAGCAGUUGUAAUGCCUUAAAUACAAACACAAACCCAUUAAAUUCAAAGUCUUCUUUAGAUGGAUUUUGUUCGGAUGCUUCUAAUACAACACCAUUAGGUUCAAAUACUCCAAAUACACCCUGUAAUAUUCCCUUAAAUGCGUCAUUUAUUAUUAAUAAUUUAUCAAAUACUAAUGGUCCACCACAGGCUGGGGGAGGUGGGGGUGGAACGAAUAUGAUCAGUGGGAGCAGCGGUAUAAACAAUUGUAUGGAAUAUAUGCAGCAACAAAAUCAUAUAUUUGUAUUUUCCACACAAUUAGCCAACAAAGGAGCUGAAGCUGUAUUAGCCGGUCAAUUUCCCACAAUUAUUGCAUAUCAUUGCACUCAACCAGCUACAAAAUCAUUUUUUGAAGAUUUUUUUCUAAAAAAUCCCAUGAAAAUGACGAAAUUGCAAAGACAAAAUACCUUAAAUAUAAUGGGAGGACUUCCACCUGCAGCAGGCCCAGGUUCAAGUGGACAACCGCCUUGGUUAACUGGUAAUUGCAAUACCAUGGGCAAAAUGUCACAUAAACUAACAUUAAAUAAAUCAGAAACUAUAACGUCUUCGUCGAAUAACUCAACUGGAAGUAGUGUUUUAAAUGAAAACGACAUGAUGUGUUGGGAUCAAACACGGUCUGUUAUGGAUAGUCCUGCAGGAGAUUCAACAAAUGCAAUGAAAAUUUUAGAGAAUGCCGAAAACUCUAGUAAUACUACAAAAUCGGUUUGCUCUGGCUUGUCUAAUGAUGAUAGUGGAGGCAUACCUUCGUUGCAGGGAGUUAAAGUGCCCGAUGAAAAUCUAACCCCACAGCAGCGUCAGCAUCGAGAGGAGCAAUUGGCUAAACUAAAGAAAAUGAAUCAGUUUCUAUUUCCCGAAAAUGGGGGCAACGACUUUCAUCCCCAAGCCGGUAAUAAUCAGAUGAUGGGUGGAAAAAUGCAGGUGCCUCCCGAAGCAUUGGCUAGUGGUAUGUCUGGUAACCCAGUCGCUUUGUUAAACAUGCAAGGUUCAAACAUGGGCAAUAAGCUUAAUGCCGCUGCUAUGCGAAAUAUAUCUGGAAAUUUAAUGAAUCACUUAAAGUCAGGUGGCACCAACACACAACUUGAUAACAUGCCUAACUUGGGUGAAGACAUUAUAAUGCCAGGCGAUAUGAUGUCGGGAUCCGGUUGUGGUCCAAAUGAAAUGGGAGUAAUACCUUCCCCUCUUAAACAAGGUUGUAUGCCUAAUAUAAAUAACGCUAGUGCGCUGGGUGGGAACUCAGGUAGAGGAUUAAUGAAUGCUAGUGGUGGCAAUCUUAAUAUGAUGAAUAACGGCGGUCCUAUUGGAAUACCGCCCGGAAGUUUAAUGAACGACCAAAACAACACAAUGAUGGGGAACAAUGCGGAUGUAUUAUCGCCAUUUAAUUCUAAUCAUUGUCCCUCAGGUCAAGAAGGUGGUGGAGGCGGAAUGAUGGGACCGCAUAAAAAUAUGAAUCCACCUCACCCAUCGGAAAUGAACUCCUCAGUUGGGAUGCCCCAAAUGGAGUGGUCGAAACUACAUCAUCACAUAUAUGAAGAACGAUUAAAAAACAAUCACUCAAAUGCCAACAGUAUGCCACCGGAAAUAGGUGGUGGUCCUUCUGGAUGUCAACAAACAUUAACGCGAUGUAAUUCAACCGGUAUUAGUAGUGCUGGUGGUAUGUCCCACCGAACGAAUUCUAGUGCAAGCGCAAAUAAUCGAGGCAACCAAGGACCCCCACCACCCUACCAUCCAACCCAGCGAUCAGCUUCAGUACCCAUUGCGACACAAUCUCCGAAUCCUUCAAGCCCCAACAACCCAACAUCAAACAUGUCACUGCCCUCACCACGAGCGUCUAAUACCAUGGGUGGAGCAUUGUCAUCGACAACAUCACCCAAUAUGGAUGUAACAUCAGCUUCCUCCGCGUCAACUGCUAACACAAACUCAACAACAACAACGACAACGGCUGUCGGUGGUACAUCGGCCGGCAAUGGUUCAACGAAUAAAAAUACAUUUUCCCAACAGGGAUCUCCAACACCAGGCUCUGGAGUGGGGAAUUCAAACCGUAAUAGAUCAACUGCAAAUAAUUUAAAUAGUAAUCCCACCACACCCCUCUCACAUGUUUCACCCAAAGAUAUUGAAUCAAAGAAUAUGAAUACUACACCCACACCAGAUCAUAAACCCACCAGACCAAAUUCCCAGAGAUCAAGAAGUCCUUUAAUUAAUGAUAUGCCUAAUAACUCUGCUAUGGAGCCGAGAUUUCCCAGCCCCGGCUUAAACUUCACACCAGGUGGCACGUCCGGGCCCAACUCCCAGAAUAUACCCAACAGUUUUAAAAAUCAAAAUUCAAGCAUAGAGCAGCGACAAAACCUGCAACAAAUGCCGCCACAAUUUUGUCGACGUAACGAUAAUAUGCCUUUAAAUCCUAAUAGUAAUCGAAGUAAUCAAACUAAAAUGUCAAAUUCGUUUGAUCCCAUAUCAUCUCUGGCCCAAAUGUCACAGCAACUAACGGGAGGCGGUGUUGGUCUCAGUUCUGGAGGAGUGGGAAAUUCACCGAAUAAUAUGUCCGGCUUAAUGGGUGGUCCGGGUGGUGUUAACGAUAUAAAUAUGAAUGGCCUAAUGGGAGGCCCAAUGAUGGGUGGCCCAGUUGAUCCAAACAUGGACCAUUGUAAUCAAAAUCCCAAUGGCGGUGGUGGGAAUAUGGGCAUGUCCGGCCUUGGAGGUGGACCCGGAUCCGUACCUGGGCCUUUUGGUCCAGGUAAUUGCAAUAUGAUGGGUGGCAAUCCUGGACCGAUUUGCCAGCGAUUGCUAAACCCAAAAAUGUGUGGACCUAAUUUGUCGGGCGGUUUUAAUCCAAAUCAAGUUGGAGGUAUGGGUAUGAGGGAUGUGCCUUCAGGCUUCCCUGGCAUGAUGCCUUCGCACCGAAUGAUGAAUCACCGUAUGUCAGCAAAUUUUGGAAAUUUUAAUGUUUCUCCUAACAUACAGGUUAAAGCAAGUACCCCCAAUACCAUACAGUAUAUGCCAGUAAGGCCCCAAAACAAUAAUAAUAACAAUAAUAUGCGAGUACCUCCUAGUCUGGAAUUUCUUCAACGUUAUGCUAACCCCCAAAUGAUGGGAAAUUCAGGAGGUGGUGGUGGUGGAGGACCUGGAGUUGGUCCUGGCUCAUCACCUUCCGAUAUGCCUGCCAUGAAUGGUCCAAGUGAUUUAAAUAAAAUGCCAAAUACAAAUAAUAAUAUGGGAGUAAAUGCCAUGAAUCAGAUGAAUUUUUUUUGGAAAUUGUAAUCAAAUGUCAGGUAUGGGUGGCAUGGG